AUGGUGCAUCCCCCGGACCCGGUGACGUCCGUCACCGUUGUUUGCAACACCAACUGUCGAGUGGUCGCCCUCCCUCGCGUUCUGGACACUAUUAGCGAAUUUCUGGACCACUCUGUCUGUUGGUCCCUUCCAGAUGCCUGUGGCUUUGAUUUUCAGAAUGGAGCGCUCCGUUUAGCACAGCGAGUGAUGAUUCAUGAUGCGGUUGAAGCUGAGAAUGCUGAAUCGAUUGUCGCGAAAGAGAGCAACGCGAAAAACACCUCAAAAGGCAAAUCGAUUGUUCCUCACAACGAAAAUGCGGCUUUAAUUCUUCGAAAACGAGACGAUUCGUUUUUCCGACAGCGAAAAUUCACGCUUGCGAUGGCAAAAGCGGCUGCAAGAGGCGACUUGCGAGUGAUAAAGUGGCUUGUCCGUCAGUUUCCAGGUUGCUACGUGACGUUCGCGGUCGAAGAAGCCGCAAAAAAUGGUCAUUUGGAGGUGCUGAAAUGGCUCCAUAGACCGAGUCUUGAUGGAAAUCUUCGCGAUCCAGGAGGGGGAAUCCAACUUGACGUUUUCUGGGGGUCAAGAGAGCUCUUCUACGCCGGUCAGAAUGGUCAUUUGCACGUAGUGGAAUGGCUACAAGAGCACACGAACCCUACUCCGACGCAUAUGUUCUUCGUGACACUGGAAGAAGCAGCGAAAAAUGGCGAUCUGGCCAUGGUUAAGUGGCUCUGUGAAGUGCGUGGCGAGCAAUCCUCGUACGCUUCGGUUCUCGCAGCUAGUGAAGGGCAUUUGGGUGUGUUGAAAUGGCUUAGAGGCAAUGUGUUUAACCCCACACCGUCGGCGUCGAUGGACGAUGCAGCCGCAAAUGGCCACCUCGAGGUUCUCAAAUGGAUGCAAACGAACUCUGGUUAUGCUACUACAGCCGCGAUGAACAAGGCAGCAGGAAAUGGACACUUUGCAGUUGUGAAAUGGCUACAUCAAAACCGGAAAGAAGGGUGUACGACCGCAGCGAUGGACCUCGCUGCUGCCAAUGGACGUCUUGAAAUCGUUCAAUGGCUACAUGGUGUUCGUCGAGAAGGAUGUACGAAGGCUGCAAUUGAUGAAGCUGCGACAAAUGGCUACCUCUCGGUAGUACAGUUACUUCAUCAGAGUCGAAAGGAGGGGUGUACGACCAGGGCAAUGGACGGUGCUGCUUCGAAUGGCUACCUGUCAGUCGUGCAAUGGCUACAUCAACAUCGGAAGGAAGGCUGUACGACAGCAGCAAUGGACGGAGCAGCGCGGGUGAACCAUCUAAAGGUCGUCGAAUGGCUACAGAAGAACCGUAAAGAGGGCUGUACGCUGGAAGCCAUGAACCUUGCAGCUCGAAACGGCCACUUGGACGUUGUGACACGGCUACAUCGUCAUCGUACAGAAGGAUGUACAAAGGAAGCGAUGGACCAAGCUGCAGCUCACGGUCAUUUACACGUCGUACAAUGGCUACACAAGAACCGUAACGAAGGAUGCACGUUCAACGCAAUGGACCGCGCUGCGGGUGCAGGACAUCUCGAUGUUGUGAAAUGGCUACAUGAGAACAGAACUGAAGGUUGCACGAAGGCCGCGAUGGACAACGCAGCAUCAAGAGGCCAAUUGAAGGUAGUACAAUGGCUACAUGCCAACCGAAGUGAAGGAUGUACGAGUGCAGCGAUGGAUGGAGCAGCAGGAGGUGGUCACUUUGAGGUGUUGUUGUUUCUACAGAACGAGAGGUCAGAGGGUUGUACGUCGAAGGCAUUCGUGAACGCGACGACAGCGGAUGAGCUCACGAUCUUGCAGUGGCUGUUUGAGCACUACAACAAGCAGUUCGGACGAGACCCGCUUCAGUUGUAUGCUUUCGACAAGUUCUACACUCUGAGGUGGCUGAAACAGAAAGCAAAGGCGGAAGGUAAUGCUCAAGGCAGACGCUAG